AUGGAGUCGGAGCUCCUGAUUGGCUGGCAGCAGGAGAAGGCGGAGCUCCAGCAGGAAGUGUGUCGCCUGCAGGAGGCACUGGCGGAGAGUCGAGCUGAGGGGGAGGAGCUUCAGGCGAGGAGCAGAGUGCUGAGUGAGCGGCUGAGCCAAUCAGUGUCUCCCUCGCUCGCCCUCUCUGAGGAGGAGGAGAGGGAGUGGAGGAGGAGGCUGAGGGAGUCCAGAGAGAGGGAGGCCCGGCAGGCCCUGCUCGUCCACCGGCUGCAGAACAAGGUUUUGGAGUACAGAGAUCGAUGCCAACGUUUGGAUCUUCAGCUGGAGAACGAACACACACACCUGCUCAGCACUGAGCAGAGGAUCAGAGACGAACGCAGUGAGUCAUUGGAGAGCGCCCUCAUCAGGCUGGAGGAGGAGCAGCACAGGUCUGUCAGUCUGGCCGACACCAAUGUGCUCCUCCGGGAGCAGCUCAGCCAAUCAGAGUGGACCAACCGGGCCCUGAGGGAGGACCUCCAGAAACUGACGACCGAUUGGACAAUGGCCGUGAAGGAGGCGGAGCAGAAGGAGUCUGAUUGGCAGAGAGAGAGGGAGUGUUGGUCCUGUCAUGUGGGUCAGAACCAGGCUCAGCUGCUGUCAGUGUGGAGGUCUGUGGUUGCUCUGAGGCGACACUGUCACACCCUGAAGACUGCCGCCGACAGGGAUCUGUGGCAGCUGAGGGCGGAGUUUUCUCGUCUCUCCUCAUCCCUUCUCUCCAGCUGUGACUCCUCCAUGAGGCUCAGGGCUCGUCACACCUCCUCACCCUCAGACAUGCCUCCACCUCUGUCCUCCACUCUAGUCCUCCGUCCUCUAGACUCCUCGGCUGCUGGACAGCCUCCCAUCUGCUCCUCCACACUGGGGACCUUCUCCUUAGGAGAGCUGGAGAACAGAGAGGAGGAGAUAAAGGAGAAGACAAAGGAGGAGGAGAUGAAGAUGGAGGAGAUGAUGGAGAGGUUGAAGGAGGAGCAGCAGGGAGUUCUGUCUGAGUUGCAGCUCGUCCAUCAGACUGAGGUGUCAAAGCUGCAGCAGCGGGUUGUGGAGCUCUCUGGCUCGCUGCAGGAGGAGGUCAUUCAGAAGGAGGUGAUGGAGAAGGAGGCUGAGAGACUCAGAGGAUCAGAGAGAAGCCUUCAGUCUGUCAGUCAGGCUGUGAUCAGACUGUCCAGAGUCCUGAGCACUAGUGUGUCCCCGGACGGCGUCCUCGGCCUGGACCUGUCCUCCCUGCUGUCUGUCCUGUCCCACGCUGAGAGCGCCCUCCGCUGGAGACACGAGGAGCUGGAGGGGGUGGAGCUUUCUCUUCGGCGCUUUGGCGAGGACAACACGACCCUGAAGCUCCGCCUGGAACAGCUGGAGGACGACAACCUACAGCUGAACACACAAACACAACACACACAACAGGAGCUCACACACACCGUGGACCUACUGAGCAGAGAGCAGCAGGAGUCGUCCUCCCUCAGACUGCAGCUGCAGGAGCUCCACAGAGACAGAGACCGACUGCAGCAGCUGGAGGCUCAGACGCACCGACGAGUGGAGGCGGAGCAGUUGGAGAACGUCCAGCUGUCAGAGAGAGAAGCUCUGCAGAGAACAGAGAUCCACAGUCUGAAGGGGGCGUUAGAGAGAGAGCAGCUGGACAAGCAGAGGGCAGAAGAAGAAACUGCUGAUGCCAGAGAUGCACUCCACAAGUCCAGAGAGGCUGUGUUGCGCCUCUCAUCCUCGGAGAGUUUGUUGAGACGGGAGGUGGAAGAAGGACGGGACGCUCUGGACAAGAUGGCCGCCCUGAACUCAGUUUUGGCCUCAGAUAAGAGAGAGCUGAACAAACAGCUGCUGCAGCUGGAAGGUGAGCUGACCGACAGCCAAUCACAACUGCAGGCUCUGAGGUCAGAGGUCAGCUCUCUGCAAAGAGUGGUCAAAACCCUCAACAUGGACUACAGCCAGCUCAGAUGGGGAAAAACAGAAAAGGAGGUAAAGGAGCAAAGAGAGGAACUGAGGAAGACAGUGGAGGAGAGGAAAAGCCUGGAGAACAAAGUGAAGGAGAGGCAGGAGGUGCUGAGGAGGGUGAAGGAGGAGAAGAGGAGACUCGAAGACAAGCUCAGAGAGAAGGACAAAGACAUGGAGGAGUUGAGGGAGGAGCUGAGGAGAGAACAGGAGGAGAAGAGGAGGAUAGAGGAGACUGAGAAGAGUCAGCAUCUGUUGGUGGAGGAGAGAGGGAGGUCCAGGGUGAGACAGGUAGAGGAGGAGAAGAUAGGACUGUCGCUGGAACUGAGGAGGACGGAGAGGGAGGUGACAGCUCUCAGAGAGGAGGUGCAGAGGGAGAGGGAGGAGUCACAGGAGGAGCUGAGGAGGACCAGAGAGGAGCUGAGAAAGCAGCAAAGGCAGAAAGACGAGAUACAGGAGGAGAUAGCUGUUCUGAAGGAGGCGCAAAGGCAGAAGGAGGAGGAGUGGAGGUUAAAGGAGAUAAAGAGGAGCCAGGAGGAGAGAUGGCAGAAAGAGGAGGUGCAAGAGGAGCUGAGGAGGACUGAUAACAAACUGACAGUUAUCACAGAGGAGCUGCAACAGGAACAGAAGGAGAAGGAGGAGAAACAGGAGAAGCUACUGAGGGCAGAGGAGGAGGUGAGGAGGAGCAGAGAGGAGAUGCAGAGGGAGAGGGAGGACUUACAGGAGGAGCUGAGGAAGCAACAAAAAGAGAAGAAGGAGAUACAGGAGAAGUUUGUGAGGGCAGAGAAGGAGGUGUGUACCCUCAGGGAGGAGCUGCAGAAAGAAGAGAAGGAGAAGAAGGAUGAGCUGAUGAAGAGAGAAGGAGAUGUAACAGCUCUCAGAGAGGAGGUGCAGCAGGAGAGGAGGAGGAAGGAGGAGGUGCAGCAGGAGCUGAGAGGAGUCCAGCAGAGUGUGGAGGUGAUGACGGAGAGGCUGAACUCCCUGCAGAGUCAGGAGGAGAAGGAGCAGAGACAGAGGGAGGUGGACAGGCUGAUGGUGGAGAAGGAGGAGAAGGAGAUUCAUAUCAACCUCCUAAUGGAGAGAAUGCAUCAAGCAGAUGAGGAGAAGGAGAAACUAGAAGAGGAGGCGAAGAGGAUGGAGGUCAGGUUCAGAGAGGAGGAGGUAAAGAUAGAGGACAGGUGGAAGGAGGAGGAGAUGCAGAGGGUCACAGAGAUGGAGGCGCUCUGCGACCGGAUGGACAGAUUAGAAAGAGAGAAGGAGGAUGGAGAGAAAGAGGUGCACCGACUGAGAAGUAAAACAGAGGAGGAGGUCCAGAGAUGGAGGACGAAGGUGGAGAAGCUGGAGGAGGACAUCAUCAGGCUGAGAAAGGAAACGUUCACAUUACAGGAGGACACAGAGCAAGAGAGGAGGAAAAAGGAGGAGGAGGCCAGGAAUCUGACGGAGAGGCUGCAGGAGAGAGUGGCGGAGGUGGAGCUGCUGAGGGUGAGGCUGAACGUGGCCACCGAGGAGUGCGAGGAGGUGAAGGAGGAGGUGCAGAGGAGGGAGCGCAGCCUGGAGCGACAGAUCAGUGCUGUCAGGGAGCGGGAGGAGGAGGUGCAGCAGCUAAGAGAGCAUCUGAAGCUGCUGCAGGAGCAACAGGAGGACGGAGAGAGGGAGCACCGGGAGGUGGAGGUCAGGCUGAGACAGAAGAAGCAGAGGGAGGAGCAGCUAGAGGAGCUGCUGACCCAAACCAGGGCGCUGCUGGAGGACGAGAGGAGACGAGGAGGACAGAAAGACAGCAGGAUCUCCUCCCAGGACAAGGAGCUACAGGAGGCCCGGACCCAGAGUGACAGAGCCAGAAGGAGAACCAGACAGAUGGAGGAGCACCAGCACUGUCUGGAGGAAGAGCUGAAGGAGUUCAGGGAGGAGGCAGAGCUCAGAGCAGCAGAGGCAACCAAACUCAAACACCUCCUUACAGAGAGAGAGGAGGAGACGCAGCAGCUCAGAGCACUGCUGGAGGAGGGAGAGGAGGAGGACAGGCAGCUGUCUGCGCUGAGUCAGAGCAGAGACAGAGCCAGGGAGGAGGUGAAGGACAAGGAGGAGGAGACGCAGCAGAUGAAGGAGGGUCUGAGGGCGGCGCUGGAGGAGAUGACCACGCUGAAGGUCCUGCUGCAGGAGAGCCACGCCGAGGGGGAGCGCCUGAGGAGCACUCUGGAGGAGAAGAAGGAGGAGCUGGAGGAGGCCGAGGAGAGGAGGAGGAGCAGGGUGGAGGAGAUGGAGGCGGAGCAGCAGGAGAAGCUGAACGCUCUCAACUCAGAGAUCCAGACACUGAAGGUCAGAGAGCAGCAGGUGGAGCAGGAGUGGAGGUCCAGGCUGGAGGAGAGCCGGGCUGAACUGAGCCGGGUCAGAACCACCAUGGAGGAGCAGAACACACAGACCUCCUCUCUGAGGGAGGAGACGGAGCUGUCCUCCAUGAAGCAGGAGGAGCUGAGGAGGCUGCUGAGGCAGAGCCGAGCUCAGGUGUACUCUCUGACCCAGAAGACAGGUGAGCUGGAGAAGGACAGAGACCGAGUCCGAUUGGCUCUGGAGCAGACAGAGGCAGCUAUGAUUGGCUACAGGGAACGAGUCCACCAACAGGAGCAGAGCCCAGGGGCGGGGCCUAACACAGAGGAGGCUGUGGGGGACAGACUGGAGGUGCUGCAGCGCCUGGUGGCUGAACUGGAAGUGGACCAGAACCGACUGAACAGGAAGAACUCACAACUGGAGAGUCACAGAGACAAGCUGAGGAGAGAGAGAGACACUCUGAGAGACACUCUGAGACAGGUGGAUGCGGAGCGCUGGAGGCUCAGACAGCAGCAGACCGGCAGCAGAUCUCAGUCAGCUGACACCACCGAAGAAGAACACCUGAGGAGCAGAGUGAGGGAGCUGGAGGACCAGGUGAGGCAGCUCCGCCUCUCAUUGGCUGAGGAGCAGCAGCAGACGGUGGAGUUUAUCCAGCAGUCGUCCAGAAACAGCCAAUGGCUGCUCUCGCUGAGACACGACCUGAAUGAGUCGCUGGACGCCGUCACACGCCACCCGGUUCCGUCCGUCCUGCAGUCUGAGACGCAGCGAUUGGACCGCAGCCUGAGGGAGGAGGAGCUUCGGAUGUCCCUCAGCCAGUCGUAGCUCCCCAGGAUAAACGGUGGAACUGUAAAGCUGGACAGGCUCAGAAACACCUGGAUGUUCCACAUUUUGCUGAGUUUCUGAAAGGAUGGUGAUCAGCACCCAGGUGUCAAGCUGCCUUCUGAUUGGCUGUUUACAUCACCUGUAAUGUCUCGAUCCAGUGUGUGUGAUUGGACAGUUCAGUAGAAGAAACACAACACUAAAGUAAUGCAGAGAUGGAUCCAACGCGUGACCCUUCCAGGCCUCCGUAGCUUCACGUCUGUCCACAGUGGAGCUGCAACAAGUGAUCCAUGAUCAGCUGUUAAUCAUCUCUGAGUGUUUCUUCAAUGAGACUACGUUCUCUGGUUUCAGAUCCUUCAGUGAACAUCUUCUGGGUUCUUUCCUCUGUCACUGGACAUCUUUGGACUAAACGAGACGUCUGAGGAAACUCUGGUCAACAUGUUUCACCAUUUUCUGACAUUUUAGACCAAUCAGCUGAUCGAUUGAUCCAGAAAAUAAUCCUCAGUGGAAACAUUGAUGAGCUGCAGCUUCUGUUAAAUGUGUGUUUAUGAACCAGUUAUUGUUCUGCAGACAGUUAUUGAUCAGUAUUGAUCAGAAGGUCUGGCUCCAUGUUUACACACUUAUUUAUUGUUGUUGUUUUUACAUCUGUUUAUUUAUUGGAGUCAGACCUCUGACUACAUUUCCCAUGAUCCUCCAGUCUGAGCUGGAGGUCAGAGGUCAGAUAUGUUUUUGUAUUUUGUUCAAUAAACUGUGGAGCUGGACAGUGUUCCUCACUGACAGCCUUCAGCUUCACGUGUCUAA